UCGCAACAAUGGUUAUUUUCAACUAAUCAUAAAGAUAUUGGAACUUUAUAUUUUAUUUUUGGAGCUUGAUCCGGAAUAAUUGGAACUUCUUUAAGAAUUCUAAUUCGAGCUGARUUAGGACAUCCUKGAGCUUUAAUUGGAGAUGAUCAAAUUUAUAAUGUAAUUGUUACAGCUCAUGCUUUUAUUAUAAUUUUUUUUAUAGUAAUGCCAAUUAUAAUUGGAGGAUUUGGAAAUUGAUUAGUUCCAUUAAUACUAGGAGCUCCAGAUAUAGCAUUCCCUCGAAUAAAUAAUAUAAGUUUUUGACUUUUACCUCCUGCAUUAACUUUAUUAUUAGUUAGUAGUAUAGUAGARAACGGAGCUGGAACAGGAUGAACAGUUUACCCUCCUCUAUCUUCUAAUAUUGCUCAUGGAGGAGCUUCUGUUGAUUUAGCUAUUUUCUCUCUUCAUUUAGCAGGAAUUUCUUCAAUUUUAGGAGCUGUAAAUUUUAUUACUACAGUUAUUAAUAUACGAUCAACAGGAAUUACUUUUGAUCGAAUACCUUUAUUUGUUUGAUCAGUAGUAAUUACAGCUUUAUUACUUUUAUUAUCAUUACCAGUAUUAGCAGGAGCUAUUACAAUACUUUUAACAGACCGAAAUCUUAAUACAUCAUUCUUUGACCCUGCAGGAGGAGGAGAUCCAAUUUUAUACCAACAUUUAUUUUGAUUCUUUGGACACCCUGAAGUUUAUAUUUUAAUUUUACCUGGAUUUGGAAUAAUUUCUCAUAUUAUUAGUCAAGAAUCAGGUAAAAAGGAAACAUUCGGUUCAUUAGGGAUGAUUUAUGCCAUAUUAGCUAUUGGAUUAUUAGGAUUUAUUGUUUGAGCUCAUCAUAUAUUUACAGUAGGAAUAGACGUUGAUACACGAGCUUACUUUACUUCAGCUACUAUAAUUAUUGCUGUACCAACUGGAAUUAAGAUUUUUAGUUGAUUAGCAACUCUUUAUGGAACUCAAUUAAACUAUUCCCCUGCUACUUUAUGAGCUUUAGGAUUUGUAUUUUUAUUCACUGUAGGAGGUUUAACUGGAGUUGUUUUAGCUAACUCUUCAGUUGAUAUUAUUUUACAUGAUACAUACUAUGUAGUAGCUCACUUCCAUUAUGUUUUAUCAAUGGGAGCUGUAUUUGCUAUUAUAGCAGGAUUUGUUCACUGAUAUCCUUUAUUUACAGGAUUAACUUUAAAUACUAAGAUAUUAAAAAGUCAAUUUGCUAUUAUAUUUAUUGGGGUAAAUUUAACAUUCUUCCCUCAACAUUUCUUAGGAUUAGCAGGAAUACCACGACGAUAUUCAGACUACCCAGAUGCUUACACAACUUGAAAUGUAAUUUCUACAAUUGGGUCAACAAUUUCUUUAUUAGGAAUUUUAUUCUUCUUCUUUAUUAUUUGAGAAAGUCUUGUAUCUCAACGUCAAGUUUUAUUCCCUGUUCAAUUAAAUUCAUCAAUUGAAUGAUUACAAAAUACUCCACCAGCUGAACAUAGUUAUUCUGAAUUGCCUUUAUUAACUAAUUUCUAA